AUGGCAGCUAUUACACUUCCCGACCUCCCGGAUGAGCUUGUACUAGAGAUUUUUUCCCGGUGCUCCCACGCCGACCUCCUCUAUUUGGCUCGGGUAAACAAGCGCAUGUACGAAAUUGCCAGCAGCCUAAUAUACGCCCAUGUUCAUUUCAGAUGGAACUUCAAAAAAUCGGAAUCGUCGCGCAACGCUAACUACGCAAGGGAAUUCAAAAAACUGGAAACGACGGGCCCUCCGCAUGCUAUUUCCCUGCUCGGAGCCUUUCUGCGCAAGCCACACCUGGGUCUCCAUGUCCAGCACCUCGAGCUUUUGGGCGGCGGAUUCGAUUACCACUCCCCACACGCUUUUAUCCUCAAUCAUGACAGAGAAAAACUCAAGUCGCUGUCGUAUGAAGAGCUUAGGCCGCCAACGCUCUGGUGGGACGGCGCCGAAGAGACACUGCGGUCGGCUAUCAGCUUGAUAGCCGAACUUGACCUACCAUACUCGGAGCUAUGGGUGGAAAGGCUGCGCGAAGGUACUAUGGACGCCAUUGUAGCCCUCAUACUUGUUCGGCUUCCGAACUUACGCUCGCUUGUUGUUCAGAGGGACUUUACCAAAGAGACGACAUGCGUGAUGGCCGUGCUUCGAACGAUCGCUUUGGAGAAGUUGGACUGGCUGCCGCGUGUUAUCCACCUACGUGAAGUCUCUAUGAGGUUUGAUAUGGACGAUUGUGUCUAUCGGGACGCCAACCUCCAGGAUUUGCUGCCUCUCUUUUACCUGCCUGCAAUCGAGGCCCUGGACCUCGAUUUGGACGAUCCCAUGCAAUGGUCGUGGCCAACACCCGCGCCGCCGGAGGCCGCCAGUCUCAAAUCCCUGACACUGAACAAUAUACGUGAGCAGGGGCUCAAGUUCAUACUUGCAGCAGCCCAAAGCCUGGAAACGCUGGAAUGGGUCGCUUCACAUUCGCAGAUGUCGAUAAUUAAACAAGACUCCGACGCCACGACCAGUAAAAUGAUGGACCUCGAUAUCGUCACGGGAGCGCUUCUGCCCAUUCGCAGCACACUGGUAGACCUUACUCUGGGGUUAAAUACGGUUCACCCGUUUGGUGAAGACUUUUUUUAUCUCGAUUUCCACGGCAGCCUUGCGGGCAUUGCACAACUCGAAAAGGUCGAGCGCUUCGAGGUGGAAUUGGUUUAUCUCGCAAGCAACGCUCUGUUUGACAAUAGAUUCCGUAUUUGGGAACGUGUACCGCGGAACUUGCGCAUCCUGGUCUUCCGGGAACCUCCGGGGAUCUUUCCCAUCGUGGAUGACCGGGAGGAAGAGUUGGGUACCAGUAUUCUUUUCCGUAAUAUGCGGGAGUGGAUGCAUAAAUGGCGAGGCGAAACGCCGCGACUGGAGCGGAUCGAAGUCCUGACGUCGCCAAGCGAUCAAUGGUCUUGGGGGAGGCAGUUUUUCAGGGACUUGUUUGCCGAAGAUGCGACGACUGGGAUCGAGAUGGUGUAUUCAUGCGAAGAGAUCUGGGGUGGCACGAGCCCUGUGGACCAUCCCCCGUACGAUGAAACGGGAUGGUAA